AUGGAAGCCGUUCUCUCGUGCUACUCGGUCAUUGGCCAAGCCGCCUCGAUCCUCUGCGGCUUUGUGCUCUGCCAGCGCCCCAACGUCUACGCACUCUUUGGCGACGAGUACGCGAUCGACCGCGCGUCGCUCAUGCGCCAGCUGCUCAUGUCCGCGGGCAUCUUUAGCGCCGGCGAAGUGUCGCCCGCGGCUGCCGUUUUCCUUUCGUUUGGUAUUGGCAUGGUUGCGCUGGUCGUCGCCAAGACGGUUGCGGCCACAAAGAAGGCUAAGACCGUCGAUAUGGAAGAAGGGUACGAGAAUCUUAUCUAA